AUGUGGAGCCGUGUUCUCACUGUGACGGUGUUGCUGUCCUUCAUGAAACAGGCAGAAGCACAGGGCCGGUGUAAUAAUGUGCAAGCAGCAGACAUUGUCUUCCUGGUGGACGGGUCCUCCAGUAUUGGCCGAGCUAACUUCCUGAAGGUGAAGGGCUUCAUGGCCGGAAUCGUCAAACCGUUUGCCGGCUCCGUCAGCCAGUCAGGGAUACGAUUCGGGGCCAUACAGUACAGUGACACCUCCAGGGUUGAAUUCACCUUCACUACCUACCUGAAUGGCACCGAUCUGGUCAACGCUGUUCAAAACCUGAACUAUAAAGGUGGAAACACACGCACCGGUGCUGGUCUUAAGUUUGUCUCUGAUAACUUCUUCAACCCUUCGACCAGUCGGGAUGUUCCAAAGAUCACGAUCCUGAUCACGGAUGGAAAGUCCCAGGACAGCGUGCAGGAGCCCGGACAGAAGCUGCGCAGUCAAGGAGUGCAUGUUUUUGCAGUUGGCAUAAAGAGCGCAGACAGGAAGGAGCUGGCUCAGAUCUCCUCUGAGCCCAGCAGUGAUUUCACCUCCUUCGUUGGGGACUUCAAACUGCUGGACACUCUUCUUCCUCUUGUGAGCCCCAGAGUGUGUUCCAAAGCAGGAGGCGUCUACGCCAGCGAUGAGGCGUUCUCUGGUCCGUCCAACAUUCAGUUUACAGGGCAGACGACCGAUUCUCUCAGGUUUCGUUGGACUCUUGCCCAGGGGCCUGUGAGUGGCUAUGUCGUCCAGUACGUGCCCCUCUCCGGCCUGGGUCAGCCUAUCACAGCAGACUUGCAUCAGGAGACUGUGGCCAGCAAUCAGAGGACGUUCACUGCGCGAGAGCUGAGGUCGGGGACAGACUACCUGGUGACCAUCAUCGCCCAGUACCCCAACAGUGUGGAAGAGUCUGUUUCUGCCAAGCAACGAACCAGGUCUUUGCCGGGCAUCUCCAGUCUACAUCUAAUCCAGGCGGGCUUCUUUUCUCUCACGGUGGGCUGGGAUCAACCGGCGUCACCCGUCCAGGGCUACAAACUCACCUAUGGACUACGAGGUCAGCCAGCGGCUCAGCUACUGUCGCAGUCUCUGUCCGCCGACUCCACGUCCGUCAACUUGGAGUCGCUUCAGGCCGACACGGAGUAUGUCAUCAAUCUCUAUCCCCUGUUCCCCCGAAACUCGGCGUCCCCGUCCACCCUCAACGCCCGAACACUGCGCCUCGAGGCGGUGAAGCAGUUAUCAGUGGAGACGGAGUCAGAGGGCAGCGUGCUUUUGAGGUGGAGAGGCGUCAUCGGGGCUCGGUCCUACCGUCUGGUCUGGGGACCGUUUACAGGUCGAAAUGUUGAGACUGUGGAGGUCACUGGCGAAAGGGAGUUCCACACUUUGUCCAGACUGCAGCCGGACACCGAGUACAUCGUCACCAUCAUCACGCUGUAUGAGGGCAACAAAGAGGGCCCUGCCGCCACUGCCAGGUUCAAGAUCGAACGUGAGGAGCAGCAGAUCCUCAGAGCAGCCACCACCGGCCCCUCCACUGUCCGCCUCACGUGGAGGAUCGUUCAGUCGUCUCAAGGAUAUCGUCUGGAGUGGAGGGAGGGAGAAGGAGGAAGUGUCCAGAGCCUGUCGUUUCCCAGAAGCACCACCAGCUAUGAGUUGGCAGGCCUCCGACCCAACACAGAAUACGUAAUCACCCUGUACACGCUGUUUGAAGGGCGAGAGGAGGCCACACCCGUCUCCACCACGUCCAGAGAGGAGCAGCCUGUGGGGAGAGUGUCCAACCUGAGAGUUGUGGAGUCUCUGGGCAGCACCGCCAGACUCGGGUGGACGGGUGUAGCCGGGGCCACACAGUACCGCAUCAUCAUCCUCAACACAGAAGCGGGAACGGAAAACAUCCAGACGAUUAGCGGAAACCAAACGACCCUUGACCUCAGGGACCUGACAGUGGGCGUGUCCUAUGGCGUCAGUGUCACAGCUCUGGUGGGAGAAAAUGAAGGAGACCCAGUUACUGUCUACAUCAAACCAGAGCAAAGUGCGGGCAGAGUGACGAACCUCAGAGUGACACACGCAAACAGUCGGAGACUUCGAAUUGCAUGGACAGGUGUCACCGAGGCAACUGGGUACAGGGUGACAUGGAGACAAGGAAACACUGGUGUCGAGCAGUCCACUGUUCUGGGGCCGGAGGCUACGGCCUUCACGAUAGACGGCCUGCAGCCAGAUGAGGGGCUGGUCAUCGGCGUCUCAACCGUUGUCGAUCAGCGCGUUGGAGAGGUGGUCUCUCUCUCUACUCGCACUAAUCCCCACGGCGGAUCAGUGUCGGGGCUACGCAUCAUCGAUGUCACAUCUCAGAGGAUCCGCAUUGCCUGGUCAAUUUCCACCAGGGCAACGGGCUAUAAGAUCACCUGGCGCACGGAUAGUGGGGUUGAAGCGUCUCGUAAUGUGGCGUCCAACGUCUCUUCCUUCACCAUUGAUGGACUACAAGCGGACGCGGCCUACAGCGUGCUAGUGUCUGCACUGAGUGGCUCGAGAGAGGGAAGCCCCGCCACCCUGAGCAUCAGAACAGAAUCCGAUCAGACCGUAGUUGGGACUGUGACGUCCCUGACGGUCCAGGAGGCCCGAGGAGAGGUCGUCCGAGUCUCUUGGGUCGGUGUGCAGGGAGCGACGGCCUACCGUGUUACAUGGAGGAAAACAGACGGUGGUGAAGUACGGAGUCAGCUGGUUGGCGGAGAUGUGACAGCGGUGGAUUUAGAACGGCUGGACCCUGGAGCUCAGUACGAGGUGCAGGUCAUGGCUUUGGUUGAGAACAGAGAGGGAAACCCCGUGUCCGUGAGAGUCACCACGCCUGGCAACAACACUCCCUCUCCGUCACCUACUACAACUUUAAGAGUGGCUGAGGUUACCCAGAGUUCAGUGCGGUUAGACUGGAUUUCUCUCCCCCGAGCCACAGGAUAUAUUCUACGCUGGAAAGAUGAGACAGAUACCGGUCGAGGCUUGUCUGUCACGCUGCCCGCCUCGUCGACCUCGUACCAGGUGACCGGGCUGCGUCUGGGCCGUCGAUAUCGCUUCAGCGUGCAGCCCAACUUUGAGAGUGGACUGGGAACAGAGAGCUCUGUAGAUGAACAUACUGUGUGUGCGGGGGGGCGUCUGGAUGUGGUGUUUCUGGUGCCGGCAUCCACUGAUCGGAUCAGCCUUGCAAGACCUUUGCGUGACCUCCUCACCACCGCAGUCAGGUCACUCCACACCAUCGGUGCCCGAGACUCACAGGUCGGAGUUGUAGUUUACGGCUACCGACCCAAAAUAUGGUUCCUGCUCAAACGCCAUGGAAGAUCUGACACGCUGCUUCAAGAGAUCCAGGCCACGCCCUUCGAUGAGAGUCCGGGGAACAACAUUGGAGAAGCGGUGACCUUCACCAGACAGUACGUGCUGACUCCUACGUCUGGACGCAGGCCAAGGGUCCCCGGGGCUGUCGUCAUCAUCGCAGACAAAAAAUCAGCUGACAACCUGACUCUGGCAGCCAGCAGUCUCAGGGCUUCAGGUGUCACUGUGUUAGCAGUGGGCAUUGACCAGGCGGAAACCGAGGAGCUACGUCGCAUCGUGACCGACGGCAGCACCCAGAACAUCCUGUACGCCCGUGAUGCAGCACAGCUGGGGACUCAACACAGUGAUCUGGCCGACUUACUCUGUGGAAUUGCCAGAAUACCAGAUGUUAAUCCAGGUCCAGAGCAGUGCACUGUUCAGUGCCCUCGGGGGGAGAAGGGAGAGCGUGGUGAGAGGGGGGAGGGAGGCAGAGAUGGGGCUUCUGGACGCAAGGGAGAGUCUGGUCGGGAUGGUUUGGCGGGAAGGGACGGCCCCAGAGGCCCUGAGGGACGUGCAGGUCCACCAGGCCAAUCUUCUGACCCCUCUGGAGCGGUGAAAGGAGAAAAGGGGGAGAGAGGUUUUCCUGGUAUUGAUGGAAAUCCGGGGUUGCCAGGACGACCAGGUGCCCCUGGAAAUGCAGGGAUCACGGGCCCACAUGGCCUGCCUGGUAGCAGAGGAACUCCGGGUGAUCCAGGGUUAACAGGGCCACAAGGGUCAACGGGCAGUAAAGGUGAUAGGGGAGAGCCAGGCUCUGCUACAUCUGGAGGAGGCCUGCCCGGGAGGAAAGGAGAAGCAGGCAUCCCAGGGAUACCGGGUUCUCUGGGUCGACCAGGCAGCGACGGGGGCAAAGGGGCCGCUGGCAUUCCAGGGAUACCAGGUCAGGAUGGCCGCCCUGGGAUACCAGGUACACCCGGACUCUCCAUCAAGGGAGAAAAGGGUGGCCAGGGAGAGCGGGGACCUCCAGGAGUAGGCAGCGGGGUGGCCGUGAAGGGCGAGAAGGGCUCCUCAGGCACUGCAGCAUCUCCAGGGGCUCCGGGUCCUAGAGGGCCAGCGGGACCACAGGGCAGCAAAGGAGACAAGGGCGACAGUACCGAUGGGCUUGCCGGACCUCCAGGCAGGCAGGGAGAGCCUGGGGACAGGGGUCCGCGUGGGCCUCCAGGAGAGAUUAGCAUCAAGGGUGACCGAGGACAGCCAGGAGAGCCGGGAUCACAGGGAGACAGGGGCGAGAGAGGACCAGCUGGUGAAACCGGGGAGAGGGGAGAUCUGGGGAAGACAGGACUCCCAGGACCAGCAGGGUUGAGAGGUUUACCAGGGCCCAGUGGACCAACAGGAGAAAAGGGAGGAGACGGAGCACGAGGGGAGCCAGGCAGGAGUAGUCCAGGUUUUGCAGGGAAGAAAGGGGAACAGGGGGAGCGAGGUCUGUCUGGCCUCGAUGGGCAGAGGGGAGAAAAAGGAGACUCUGGACAGAGAGGAGAGAAAGGGUCACCAGGGUCCGGAGGGUCAGGUGUCUUUGGUUCUAAAGGAGAGCCAGGAGAACGGGGAACUGCUGGUGUCAAUGGGAGACCAGGUGCCAAGGGAGAACCAGGAGAAACAGGAGAGAGAGGCGAGAAUGGGCGCUCAGGAAUUCCAGGGAAAGCUGGUCUGUCUGGGAAAGAGGGAGAGAAAGGAGACAAGGGUGAUGAGGGCUCUCCCGGGGAGUCUGGACUUCCUGGGAAGGCGGGAGAACGAGGACUGAGGGGACUGGCUGGUCAACCCGGACGAGCGGGCGAGAAAGGAGACUUCGGAGACCCAGGAGAGCACGGACGAAAUGGCAGCCCCGGACCUGCAGGACUGAGAGGAGAUAAAGGAGAGCAGGGAACCCAAGGGCCAGCGGGACCACCAGGAAAAGUGGCGGACAUCCUGGGCCAGCUGAAAGGAAAAAGUGGAGAGAAAGGCGAUGCGGGCAGCCCGGGGGACCACGGCGACAAAGGUCCGAAAGGCGAAGGAGGGACUCCCGGAGCUCCCGGCCUACGAGGUCCUGAGGGACAACGGGGGCCUGCAGGCACAAGAGGUGACACGGGAGAAAGAGGGACACCUGGAGAGAAGGGAGAACGUGGGGCAUCGGGGUUAGAUGGACGUCCAGGUCUGGAUGGUAAACUUGGUGCAGCUGGACCACCUGGACAGAGGGGUGAUCCUGGGAAACAGGGAGAUCCUGGGAGAGAUGGUUUAGCAGGACUCAGAGGAGAACAGGGCACCCAAGGGCCUGUUGGGCCUCCAGGAACUGCAGGGACACCUGGUAAAGCAGGUGAAGAUGGCAAAACUGGGCCUGCUGGCAAAAUGGGUGAGGACGGAGUGCCAGGUGAAGAUGGGAGAAAGGGUGACAAAGGAGAAGCUGGAGCAGCCGGAAGAGAUGGCCGUGAUGGGCAGAAAGGAGACCGGGCCCUCCCUGGGCCUUUAGGUCCCUCCGGUCCUACAGGGCCACCUGGCGUCCCUGGCAACAUUGGUCCUCCAGGACAGGUUGUGUAUGUGAAAGGCGCUGAAGCGGCACCAAUCCCAGGCCCUCAGGGGCCCCCAGGAACCCCUGGCAUCCCAGGGAUUCACGGAGCUGCGGGAGGCAGAGGAGAAAGAGGUUCUCCUGGCCUUAAAGGCGAUGCUGGGGACCCGGGAGAGGACGGCGCGCCGGGUAAACCUGGUACAGCGGCGGAUGUACAUAAAGCUCUGGCCAGCUUUGGUAUCCAGGUGUCUGAUCUGAAGGUGGUUGUGGACAGGAAGGACCCACCCAGGGCUCCAGUACAGAAGGCAGAGAGAGGCGAAAAAGGAGACAAGGGCGAGUCAGGACCGAGAGGACCAUCUGGUUUAGAUGGUGCUCGUGGUAUUCAAGGAGACAGGGGAUCAAAGGGCGAUCAAGGGGAUCGAGGACCAGCGGGCGCAAUAGGGCCUACUGGAAGAGCUAUAGGAGAACGAGGGCCAGGGGGACCCCCAGGUGCUGCUGGAGAGUCAGGCAAGCCAGGGAUACCGGGUGUUCCUGGGAGAGCUGGGGAACUGGGAGAGGCUGGAAGACCAGGAGAUAAGGGGGAGCGGGGAGAGAGAGGUGACAAAGGAGAGACUGGAAAAACUGGGCUAACGGGGCCAGGCGGUCCAGCAGGUCAAAAGGGAGCGUCUGCUGAUUCUGUACUGAUCGGUACGCCUGGGGCCAGAGGCCCUCCAGGUCUUGCAGGACAGAAAGGAGAGUCUGGUGCAGCAGGACCACAAGGAACAAAAGGAGAUCGAGGUUUUGCGGGACCUCAAGGUAAUAAAGGAGACAGAGGAGAGGGCGGAGAGAGAGGACGUGAUGGCUCAUCGGGCUCACCAGGAGAACCGGGAAAACCUGGUCAGGAUGGGAAAGCGGGACCAGCAGGGCCCGCUGGUCCUCGAGGUCAACCAGGAAACCCAGGAGAGCUCGGCAUGAGGGGGCCAACUGGUCCCAUGGGUCCAAAUGGGCUUCCAGGUCCAUUGGGUGUGAAGGGUAAUCAAGGCGAACCAGGCGUUGGCGUCAAGGGUCCUCCUGGUGCCCAGGGCAGCACAGGUUUGCCAGGACCAACAGGUCCCCCAGGAGCUGUUGGUCCACAGGGCCCCCCUGGACUGUCGGGGCAGGUGGGUGAAGCUGGUAAACCUGGAGUUCCUGGACGAGAUGGGGUGCCUGGCAAAGAGGGAAUACAUGGCUUACCAGGAAAGCAGGGCAUCGCUGGACCUCCAGGCCAACACGGCUUAAAGGGGGAGCAGGGAGACAGCGGUCCUCCAGGGAAGGCAGUGGCUGGACCCUCUGGACCCAAAGGACAAACUGGUCCUCCUGGUAUAACGCUGCCAGGCACGGCUGGAGAAACCGGUCUACCUGGGGAGAAGGGAAACAGAGGGGAUAAAGGUGUUCCUGGCAUCAGAGGGGAAAGAGGAGUGUUAGGUGAAGCAGGGGACCCUGGAGAAGAUGGCGAGCAGGGAUCUCCUGGAUCAAAAGGAGAUAAGGGAGAGAAGGGCAUCGGUCUGGCAGGUCCUCCGGGUCGGGACGGGCCUCAAGGUUUAAAAGGGGAUCCAGGUCUUCCUGGUCCAGCUGGUCCCCCAGGACCACUGGGAAAGUCUGGUACUGCUGGACUACCAGGCCUGAGAGGAGAAAGUGGACAAUCAGGACCGCCAGGACCACCUGGGGAGAGGGGUCUCCAAGGUUUUGGAGGCCGUGCUGGAAAUGUCGGACCUCCUGGUCCUUCUGGACCUGCUGGACAAGCAGGCUCUGCUGGUACCAAUGGGGUCAAAGGUGACAAGGGGGGAGUUGGCGUUGGCAUGCCUGGUCUCAGAGGAGAGAGAGGAGAUCCAGGCCCCCGAGGCGAGGAGGGACGAGCUGGCGUGGACGGGGAAAGAGGCUCAACCGGUCCAGCAGGGACUCGUGGUAUUCGUGGAGAGAAGGGAGACGGUGGACUUCCAGGUGACAAAGGAGAGAAGGGGGACACUGUGCUUGUGGGAGGACCUACUGGAGAAAAGGGCAACAAAGGCGAAACAGGUGACAGGGGACCCAAAGGUGUGCAGGGAGAAAAGGGGGUGAAAGGUCACGAAGGACCUCCAGGACAACAGGGUCUGAGGGGAGAACCAGGAGAGAGAGGCUCCACUGGGUUCCAGGGUGCACGUGGCCCUGGUGGACAGAAGGGAGAAGCCGGUCAGCCCGGAGUACCCGGUGAAUCGGGUUUAUCAGGAAAAGAUGGACUGUCAGGACACAAGGGCGACAAGGGAGAGCUUGGUAUCGUAGGAAUGAGAGGAGUGAAGGGUGACCGAGGACCCAAGGGGGCUUGUGGUAGCGAUGGACCCAAAGGAGAUAAGGGGGAUGCUGGUAUUCAUGGACGAUCGGGCUUACCAGGAAGAAAAGGUGAACAGGGGGAAGUUGGAGCCUCUGGGGCCUCUGGCAGCCCUGGAAAAGAAGGACUGGUGGGCCCCAAGGGAGAUCGUGGGUUUGAUGGGCUUGCGGGACCCAAAGGAACUCAGGGAGAGAAAGGUGAAAGGGGAGUGCCUGGUGUGCCUGGCCCCCCCGGUCUCAGAGGAGUGGACGGGGCCCCCGGCCUGACUGGCUCUCAGGGACCAGCUGGUACUAAAGGCCCUGAGGGGCUCCAGGGACAGAAGGGAGAGAGAGGGCAUAUCGGUCCCUCCGUGACGGGUCCACGUGGUAUCCCAGGUAUCCCGGGGGAGAGAGGAGGGCAGGGAGAGAUGGGCCCAGAUGGAGCCAAGGGAGACAGAGGAGAGCCAGGCUUGACGGAGCAUGAGAUCAGAGAUUAUGUUCGCACCGAGAUGAGUCAGCACUGUGCGUGCGGAGGUUCAGGCCCGGACCCUCGGUCACAGCCCCCGGUCAGGGCUCGGCCUGCAGUCGAGCAACAACUGGUCCGAAAGGGUGAGGAGGGUCGUGAGCUGCGUGUGGUGGUGAAUACCAACGACCCGGACUACGAGCACGUUUACUCCAUCGAGGCCUACGACGACCCCAUGGAUGAACUGCUCUACUUCACACCCUCUGCCAAUCAGAGCGAUGCUCCAGCAGAACUGUGUCAGCUUCCUAUGGAUGAGGGGAGCUGUGGAAGAUACACUCUGCGCUGGUACUUUAACCAUAAGACUCAGGCCUGCAGGCCUUUCAUCUACAGCGGCUGUGAAGGAAACGACAACCGCUUCCUCGAGCUGGAGGACUGCGAACAGGCCUGCCUUGGGGGGGCUGAAGGUGGGGUGCAGGAGGGCCCUGCUGCUGCUGUGCUAGAGAAGUCAUGCAUACAGCUGAGUGGGGAUGGGAGGGAAGUGACAGGCUUGUACAUGUCGAUGAAGAACAGGAUGGGAGCUUGGCAGGAGACAGGACCAGGGAUGUCAGACGCCGCCCAGGGAGAGCCGACCACACGGGCAAGGGUCAGCCCACCACCACCACCCCCACCCAACCCCUCCCCUCCCCUCAGCCUGCAGAAGAUCGCCGUAAUUGGUCGCUGCUGCCGGGACCGAGCUCACUGCUCUCCGGCGUGCGGGUUGGCGCAUCCUCUCGCGUCCGGCGGGAAGAUGCGCAAGAUCUCUGCGUGA